CACAUGCAGGUUGAGUGCAGCAGCGGAUAGGGCGAGUCGUAUGGGCGAGUGGGCUUGUUCGUCCGUCUCUCCUCUGAACUUGAACAAAAACGUCUCGUGACUGCCGCGCUGGUGGCAAAAAUUGAGCCAGCGUCGUUGCAGUCCGUUCGUCUCAACCGGUGCGCGGUUCGACCGUUGAAUGUUACGCGGUGACUUGAUCAACGAAGCUCGCAACAUGGGUACCGUACACAUGCUCUCCACUUUGACUCGGAUUUCUUCGUCCAGCGCCACGCCGAUUGCCCGGGCGUCGAUGUCGACCGCUUCGAGCGCCAAGAAACUUGCCGGGAAAGUUGCCAUCGUAACGGCGUCUACGGAAGGGAUUGGUUAUGCAAUUGCCGAACGUCUGGCGCAAGACGGGGCCAAGGUCGUCGUCAGCAGCCGCAAGGCGGACAAGGUCAACCAGGCGACCUCUCGACUGACCGAGCAGGGUCUGGACGUAAUCGGGGCGCCGUGUCAUGUGGGGAAUGCCGAAGAUCGUGCCAACCUCAUAAAACUGGUCAUUGAGAAGCUCGGAGGCAUCGACAUUCUUGUGUCCAACGCAGGCAUGAAUCCUGUCAUGGCACCUGUCCUAGAUACGCCGGAGGCCGCCUGGGACAAAAUUUUUGACAUCAACGUGAAGAGCGCCUUCCUGCUCACAAAAGAAGUUGUGCCUCACCUAGAGAAGAGAGGGGGAGGUUCUAUAGUCUAUGUCUCGUCCAUAGCUGCUUACCAGUCAUUCCCCCUCCUCGGUGCGUACUCAGUGUCCAAGACUGCAUUGCUGGGCCUCACACGAGCAGUGGCAGAGCAGGUAGCGCCGCUCAACAUCCGUGUGAACUGCAUCGCUCCAGGCAUCAUCAAGACCAAAUUCAGCCAAGCGGUGAGUAGUUGUAGCUGCUCACCGUUUUAUAGCGAUGGCAAUUAUGCGGACGCUCGAGGUGCAUUCGCACUGUCACCGUUGUUGUUAUCGUGCUAUCCUGUUAAUGACGGCGCAUGUACAACCCACGGGUGAAGGGUUGGAAAGUCC